AUGAUCUCCAACUGGGAUAUUUUCUGCAUAGUUGUAUGUGACAUGUUAUCCGUGUUCACCCCAUGUUACGAUCCUCCUUCACUUCGGCACUUGCAAGUUUUGGAACUUGGUUCUCCCCCAUCGUCGUUUCUGAAAAAAACGCCCCCCAGUUACGCGGGGGGUUGGGGUUUGGGUGGGAGGAUGGAACUUUGGGGGGUCGGUUUGACAUUUGGCAUGGCGGGGAGUUUUGAUAGGUGCCCGACGGUGACAUUUCCUGGGGGAGACUGGCAACGGCGAGGCAGACAAAACAAAGCCACCCGGAGGAAAGAUCCGAGCUCUUCACAAAGGGGAACCAAGAAUCCGGGGAUCAUCAAUGCUCCCCAAUCAGAGCAGUAG